GCCUCUGAGGGGACAGGCGGCUCCUCGGGGGCUCUGUGGGUGGUCACGCUCCGUGGCACAGCGUGACUGCAGAGGAUGGUAACUGCAUCUCCUUAAAGUGCAGUUUCACCAGGCUCACAAACCAGCAGCUGAGUCCAUCAGCCCUCUGACUGCCCACACAGCUCCACAGCGCUGCAUUCCGCUCCCUGCCCGGAUUUAGAAGGGCAGUGGCAGAUGCCUGACCACAAGACAUUCCCUGCUGCCUCACAGGCUGAAGCCCCUCCUUGCACACACGCAGCACGGGCUGCACAUAGAGAUGCAGAAACCGGUGUCCUGCCCGCUCCUUCCCCUCAGCACCACAGGGCCAGGGAACGUUCCCCCAGGUGUAGUGAUGCCAGACAGGCACUGCGUCCCUGGCCCCAAGCAGCAGGCCGCCCCUGAGCUGCUGGGGCCCAGCACGGUCCCCCCAGAAGGCCACAGAAGGCCUCAAGGAACACGGCCGUGCCGCGCAGCUGCUCUCAGCACUGCUCUUGCCUGCAGCUCCACCAGGAGAGCCCAGCAGACUGGACAUCAUGUGUGCCACGGAGUUCCUAGAGGAUUUUGUGGAGCUGCUGGCACAGCCGCUGCGCACGCUGCCUGCUGUCGGCCCGCCAGCCGUGCUGGCCUACAGACCUGAGGUGCUGCGGGGCCACCUGCGGGCCGAGGCAGAGGAGGACUGUGCUCCCAAGUGUGAGUACUGCGGAAGCCUGCUGAGGCCGUUCCCUUCCUUCGAAGGCAUUUGCCCUCCACCACAGAAGUUCUGCUGCAAACGCAAUCAAGACCUCUACGAGUUCAUCGUAAAUGAGAGGAAGAAACAUGAAAGUGCUUGGAACGGCCCUAUUUCUAUAGACUCUCACAAGCCCCAUGGCAGUGAAGCUGAAAGACACCUGGCAAAGGAGAGAGCGUACCAGAGGCAGCAGGAAAGACAACUGGCCAGACAGUUAGCCUUCCUGGCAGCUGAGCCGAGAACUGCAGCUGAACGUCCAGCACACCUCAGCACCAUUUCCUACCUGCUUUCUCAGGAGCCACCAUCUCUGACGGGCUGGACGCUGAUGCCUGAAGAGAGAGCAGCAGAGCUCGAGGAGGAGCCCAUCUCCUACAGCAUCACCUGCUGCGACUUCACUGUUAUGGGUGCAAGGGUAGCGAAGAAUGAAUUGUUGGAGAAAUACUACAAUCACGGAGGGAAGUUUCUUACCAUGCUCCCAGAUGGAACAGCACAGUUAUUCUAUCCAUCUGGAAACCUGGCAGUCAUCGUUGUACGAGAGAAAAAGCGGUUUGUUUGCAUAGUGCAGGAAGACAAGGAAAGUAACACUGAGAUACAGGCAGUAUUUGCAUCCAACGGCAGGAGCACCUGCUACCACCCGCACGGCACUGUGUGGAUAACGAUGAAUGCUAAAGGAGGGCAGUGCCUGGACCGGGCAGGCAACAGGGUGAGGAGGUGGACGUGGCCAAGCAGCACAGCAUCAUCAGGACCUUGUGCCCCACUGAGCCCCAUCUUCCUCUCCCUGAACCUGCACGUGGGGGUCAGGAUCAUGGGCCAGGAUAAGAUCACAGUUUCCUUCCUUGCCAUGGGACAACAAGCAAAAUUCAACGUGGGAACAAAAGUGCAGGGCAGCCAGGCUGGCGAGCUGCAUGCCCUCCCCAAGCUGAAUGAGGAUGAGCUCCUGCUGCUAGCCUUGCGGGUGAGGAUCCUGCGGCUCAUCGAUAAGCUGCGCAGCUGCCUGAACUUCCCUUCCAAUGAGCAAUGGGACAAAAUGAAGCCACCAGUGUACCUUGUCACACAGACUUUAAAGAUCUUGUACCUUUGCACGACUUCUGACAUAAGCGAAGAGCUGUGCAGCUCAGUCAGGGCAAUAGUAAAUGAUCCAGUCUGA